CUUCUUGGAAUCAUCCCUAGAGGGCGCCAGCCGCAGAGCCGUCGGUGGAGUCGCCGGAAGGAGCUCAGCGCCGUCCGAUUCGCCCCAGCUGCCGCCAUGAAGGCCGUGGUGCAGCGCGUCACCCGGGCCAGCGUCACAGUUGGAGGAGAGCAGAUAAGUGCUAUUGGACAGGGCCUCUGUGUGUUACUUGGUAUUUCUCUGGAAGAUACACAGAAGGAACUGGAACACAUGGUACGGAAGAUUUUAAAUCUGCGAGUGUUUGAAGAUGAGAGUGGGAAACACUGGUCCAAGAGUGUAAUGGACAAACAGUAUGAGGUGCUGUGCGUCAGCCAGUUCACCCUGCAGUGCAUCCUGAAGGGGAACAAGCCCGACUUCCACUUGGCAAUGCCCACGGAGCAGGCAGAGAGCUUCUACAACAGCUUCCUGGAGCAGAUGCGCAAGACUUACAGGCCAGAGCUCAUCAAAGAUGGCAAGUUUGGUGCCUACAUGCAAGUCCACAUUCAGAACGAUGGGCCUGUGACCAUAGAACUGGAGUCCCCGGCUCCUGGUGCUGCUACCUCUGACCCGAAGCAGCUGUCAAAGCUUGAAAAACAACAGCAGAGGAAAGAAAAGACCAGAGCUAAAGGGCCUUCGGAGUCAAGCAAAGAACGAAACACUCCCCGAAAAGAAGACCGCAGUGCCAGCAGCGGGGCUGAGGGCGACGUGUCUUCUGAACGGGAGCCAUAGGCAGAGGGGCCGGGACCCAGUGCACUAUAACUGGACAAAACUGGAUCCUGAAAAAUCCAUGAAAGAUGCAGAGCACCUGGAUUGCUUUAAGAUUUUGGAGCUGAAUCAUGAAAAGGAAAAGAGAAAUAAGAAAUUGGAAACCUAAAUAGCCCUGCAAAUAAACACCAAAGGAAGCUGCCAUUUUUGUUGUGUUCUGGUUAAUAGCAUGGGAGCUGCCGGCGCUGCAGAGUUCCUGGGCAUCUGGCGACAGGGCGUCUACACACACCUCUGCCACAGAGAUGUGUGUCAGUUCUCCCACUGUCUGGUUUGCUUUGGGAACAGGAUGGGCCAAUAUCAUUUGUCUUCACAUCUACAGCAGGCACCACAGCAGUCACACUUUCCUUGUUCUUUCCAAUGCUGGUCAAGCCAGGGUCUGUGUGAAGAUGUAAAGAGAACAAUGUUUUUUGUGUGAGACCUUUGCAUCUUGUAAAUUUUCUCUUUUUUCUACAAAGAAAUAAUAAAACUCCAAUCAUCAAACUCUUUGAUAAAAGAGUCAAGUUCCUAGGCAUAUUUCUGGUCACAAAAAUACCAUAUGCUAAAUAAAGACCUAAAUUACUUCAACUAU